AUGAUCAAAUUUCUAAUUCUUUCCUUCGUCGUGAGCCCCGUUGUGCGGUUCGUGGUCAGUCCAAGCCGUGAGCUCGCGAUGGCCACCAUGUUCGCGAUCGUGUUCUACACCAGCAUGAAGUCCGAGAAGAACUACUUCCAGCACCUGAAGGUCACGCCGCACUGCUCGUUGGACGCGAUUAAAAAGUCGUUCAAGGCUGAGGCCAUGCUCCUGCACCCAGAUCGCAACACAUCGCCCACCGCCGCCUCCGACUACGUGGAGCUGUCGCAGAUGUACAAAACGCUGGUGAACGACAAAAAGCGUGAAGCGUACGUGCGCUACGGCGACAUGCUUCGCGGCCGCAAGGAGCAGGUGGUUGACAUGAGCCCGUUCGACGUGCUCUACGUGGUGACGGUGAACACGGCGAGCAUGCUCUUCGGGAUGUGCUUCACGGUGCUGUUGCACGGCCAGAGCGUCGUGAAUCUCACUGCACUGUUGUACGAAGUCUUCUGCUUCGCGCUCGACGUGUACCUGCGCUUCGCCCCCGACGCCACCAGCUUCCUGGCCGGAGUGCCCAUCUUGAAGUACUACACGGUGUUCGAGAUCAUUGCUUUCCUGCGGUCGUUCCGCCUCGUCUUCUUGUACUACCACAGCCUCAUGGGCGACGACGACGAAGACAAGAAGUGGAAGGCCGGCAUAUGCCUGGUGCGCAACAACAUGGUCACCGUCGACCUGUUAGACGAGUACAUCGUGGCUGUCCAGCGCUACCUGACUUCGCGCAAACCCGUGGUUGACAGCGAGAUCGUGUGGAGGGGCGCCCCGUCCGUGGGGAACGCCUUCGAGAACCGUUGGAACUACUCGGGUAACUGGCACGUAUAUGCACAUUAA